AUGAAUGAAGAUAAAUUGCCUAAGAAGCGUACUGUAGCCAUUAAACGCAUUAUGCUUAGAGGAGACGAGCAAGGGAAUAAAGGGUUCCUAGCCGAACUAGAAUUGCUUAGUCAUUGUAGGAAUCCCAACAUACUCCGUCUUCUUGGAUGUUGCGUUAAUGGUCAUGAAAGAAUUCUUGUAUAUGAGUAUGCUUCAGAGGGAAGUCUCGACAGUUAUCUCAGAAGCAAAGAGAAAAGGAGUGAUCUAACAUGGGAUAAGCGUUUAAAGCUGUGCCUCAGUAUUGCAAACGGAUUAAAUUAUCUCCAUAGAGCCGACGGUGACAAAAAGGUUAUAAUACACCGCGAUGUAAAGAGUGAUAACAUACUUUUGGAUGAGAAUUUGGAGGUAAAGAUUGCUGAUUUCGGCCUUUCUAUAUUCCACCCUACAAAUCACCCGGAAAAAACUAUACAUACAAAUAAUUUGGCAGGGACAAGCGUGUAUGCUGAUCCAGAAUACAUGAAGACCGGUAAGUUGAAAAUAGAAUCCGAUGUUUACUCUUUUGGGGUAGUUUUAUUUGAAAUCUUAUCUGGGAAGUUGGCCUAUGAUUCAUUUUACACCAACCAAUAUGAGAAGGGGCUUGCACCUGUGGCACGUGACCACUUUAUUAAGAAAACAAUAAUGGAUCUGGUGGAUGAAACAUUGUUGAAAGAAACUCAUGAACUCAGUUCUACCCUAAGGAUGGGACCAGAUCAACGUUCUUUGGACACAUUUUGUAAAAUUGCGUAUGAAUGUUUGGAAGAAACUCAAGCCCAUCGUCCAAAAAUGAAAGUCAUCAUUGAGGAACUUGAGAAAGCAUUACAUUUUCAAGAAAAUCGUGAAGACACGUUACAAAUUCCACUAGAAAACAUAAGAUUUGACGGAGAAACCUUCAGUGAUCACAAGUGCAGAGAGCUCUCGAUGGUAUACAAUAGAGAAGGUGAUAAUUACGAAAAUUGUUGUAAGGCGGUUGCUGUAAAGCCGUUGAGAAGAUCUGGUCUAGAACCUGGUAUUUGGAGAGAGUUUGAAAUUCCUUUUAAGCAUAGACAUGAGAAUAUCGUCGGUCUUGUAGGUUAUUGUAAGAAAACGGGUGAAACAUUCAUUGUCUAUGAAUAUGCAUCUAACCAAAGUCUCGACAUGCAUUUAGAGAAUCCUGAACUUUCAUGGACCAAACGACUUAAGAUAUGCAUUGAUAUCGCAAAUGGGUUAGAUUUCCUUCACAGAUCUGAUGUAGGACCAGAGGUGGUGAUACAUAGAGACAUGAAAAGCUCUAAUAUUCUACUAACAGCGGAUUGGAAAGCCAAAAUCAGUGGUUUUGAGUAUUCUCUAAUAUUUCCAAAAAAUCAGGAGAUCAGCUAUGUCGUCAACCCUCUUAAACUACGCUCACGUCGUGCCUACCGUGAUCCACUGUACAGUACUAAUGUUUUCUUAACCAAAGAGUCUGAUAUUUACUCAUUUGGUGUGAUAUUGUUUGAAGUAUUGUGCGGGAAAUCAGCGUGUCAUUGGGAAGGUACUGGUCCCGCUCAAAAUCAUUGGUUACAUUUAGAGGCAUUGCCGUUCAAUGCUUACAUGAUGAUAGAAAAGAACGGCCAACAGCUGGUGCGGUGUUAG